UUCUCCUCAUCCUCCAUUUCAACAACUUCUUCACUCGCAAAAAAAAAAAAACCCUAAAUUCUUUCAAAGAACCCAAGAAUCAUCAUCACAUCUCUCUCCCUCUCUCUCCCUCUCCCUAGUAUAUAUAUAACGGUUAAAGACUAUGAUUCCGGCGGAAAUAACCGGAUUAUUACACUAUCUACCACCGGAAAACCCGAUAACUAUUCCGGCGGCGGCGGAGUUCAGCAUGUUCCAAACCAGCAUGCCCUCACCAUCAUCGCCAUCUCUGUCUUCGCUGUACUACCUCAACAGUCUCACGAUCAACAGCUCAUCAUCCAACGGUCAAGAACUCAUCGUGAGCAACAACUCGACAUCGGACGAGGAUCACCAACAGAACAUCAUCGACGAGAGGAAACAGAGAAGGAUGAUAUCGAACAGAGAGUCCGCCCGAAGAUCGAGGAUGAGGAAGCAGAAGCAUCUCGACGAGCUUUGGUCUCAAGUGUUAAGGCUUCGCAACGAGAACCAUUGCCUUAUCGAUAAGCUGAACCGAGCAUCAGAGAGCCACGACCUAAUCUUGAAAGAGAACGCCAAACUCAAAGAAGAAGCCUCUGAUCUCCGACAACUUAUCACCGAAAUGCGAGCCGACAACAACAACAACGACAACAUCUGUAUUAGUUUUCUUAGGGAGCUUCAAGAUUUUGACCCUUCCAUCAAACUGUAGAAUCAAUAAGAGAGACAGAGACAGAGAGAAAGAGAGAGAUCGAUUUUGGUUGUCUUCUUUUUCUUCUUCUUCUCCGUUUCAACGUCGCUUGAUCUUUAUGUUUUUGCUUGUAUUAUAUAUAUAUAUAUUGUAUUUUGCGUGUUAAAGUUAAAUAACUUCUUUGGUGAGCA